AUGUCGGGAGACAUCUCGACCGGAAACGUCCUCAUUUUCAGUGACGAUACUCUGAGAAUAUGCGACUUCACCAGUUCUGCUCUCGCCAGUGAGCUUUCCAUGAUGGAACGAGAGCUGUAUGCUGUUGGAUCUGCGAUCUACGAGAUUACGGAAUGGAAAUUCCCAUAUGCAGGCAUCGAUGGCGAUAUUUGGGACAUUGUCGAAGCAGGUAUUGCACCUGUCAUUGGGAUUGAGAAUACUGCUAGAGGAAUAAUCUAUCGAUGCUGGAAGUUUGGAUAUGAUUCUGCGAGUGCUGUACUGGGUGACCUAACAGCUCUUCUGAAGGAGGUGCCAACGGAUUAA